AUGUGUGACGCAGCAGCAGCAACAGCAGCAUGUUCUGCUUCAGCAGCAGCAGCAGGAGCUGCUGCUGCCUGUCAGCCGGCUGCUGCUGCUGCUGAACCAACGGUCCCAGCAGAGCCAGUGCAGCUGCCGCCUCCCUCAAGUGUGUACGACAUGGAGACAGAAGAGUUGGUAAAAUUAUGCCGCGACCUUCAGAGCGCCCAACCGACACAGCAGGGUCCUCAGCAGCAGCACCAACAGCGGCUGUUGCUACUGAAUCUUGUGCUGCUUGAGUUGAGAGACAGACAGCAAUCUGAUUCCCUGCUUGAGGCUGUGGACAAGCUGGCGGCCAGCAGCAGCAGCAGAAGCAACGGCGACGGCAAUGUCAUCAACAACAACAGCAACAGCGGCAGCAACAGCAAAACGAACAGUAACGGUAACAGCAGCUACAGUAACAGCGGUGGAAGCAGCAGCAACAGUGGUGGCAGCAGCAGCAGCCCUUGUACGAGCAGCAGCAGCAGCAGCAGCAGCAAUGUGCAGCCUCCUGCUGCACCGUAUCCCGAAAUCCAUUACCCUAGUGAGCCUCUGGACGCAUUUUUCAGCACAAGUGAAGCAGCCAACAAGAGCUCCUCAAGGCAGGGGAAGAAGGUCCCUCGCUUGCCUCGGCGAGUUGGGAGUCCCCCAGCUUCCCGUAAGCACCAGCAGAUGCUGAGCAAGGAGCAGCAGCUGCUGCGGCCGUUGCUGAUUGGCCGCCACAAGAGGGAGCAGGAGCACGAGCAGCGCCAGCAGCGGCAGCAGCAGCAGCAGCGACAGCAGCGUCAGCAGAGGCAGCAGCAGCGCACCCGCGGGGACCGAAACAACCGCAGAGGCAGCGCAAAGCGCAGGAACAGCAUGCGACCUUCCCUUACCUCCCACGCCAGCAGCAGCAGCAGCAGCAGGUGCAGGGGAGGCAGCGGGGACACUGGAUUCUUUGGCCCCUUUCUUCCUUGCUGCUGCCCCUGUUCCCAUUUCAACGACAAAGCGAGCAGCAGUUCCCCUUCUGCGCUUUUUGGCAGCCUGAGACGAGCGUCUCCAGUAUCGCCCACUUUGUCACCACCUGGCUGUAGGAUCCCUAGCAGCAGCAACAGCAGCAGCAGCAGCAGCAGCAGCGGAGCCUCGAGCAGCAGGGGGGGCCUAUACAACCAGGCAUCCCCUAGCAGCUACAGGGGUGCGCUAAACAGCAGCAGCAGCAGCAGCAGCAGUGAGGCAGCCCGAAAGUGCAAGGGGACCCCUAGUAGUAGCAAAGGGGCCCCUCCUAGCACAAUGCGACAUCCUUCCCCUACUAGGAGUAGCAACCUAUAUCAUCAACCACGCAGCACUUGCAGCACUAGUGGGGAAAACUUGGGGAUGCCCUCUGGUUUAGGGCCCCGCGCGCAGCCGCAGCAGCAGCGGCUGCAGCAGCAGCGGUUACAGGACCAGCAGGAGCAGGAGCAGCAACGAGCCAAUUCCAAGCAGAUGCAGCCUCUUGGGAAGAACCAGCAGACGAAAUGCCGACAGCAGCAACAACAGCAGCUGCUGCUGCUGCCUUCCCUUUCCGCCGACUCAGCGAGGCAGCUGCCCCGCCUGAAGUCUCUGGGGAGGUGCUCUAGCGCUGCUUCCUCAGCAGCACCAGCAGCCGGGGACGCCUCUGCAGCAAUAGCAACCCCAGUAGCAGCAGCAAUUCCAGCAGCAGCAGCAGCAGCAGCAAGCAGCGGGCGACCCAAAAGCAGCCGCUCGGCCCACGCCUCCAUUCGGUCCUGCGCAAAGUCUCUCAUCAGCAGUAUAGAGGAGGCGGUGAGGGGCCUCGACAUAGACCUGCCGCUUCCAGUUGCUGCUGCAGCAGGCCCCACAGCAGCAGCAGCAGCAGCAGAUCCGUAUGCUGCAGCAGCAGCAACAGCAGCAGCAUCAAGGAGGCACGGGACACGAAGACUAGCGAGGAGCCCUCGCAGGGCACUCAGCGACUGCAGGGUCCCGCGGAUCCCCCACAGGGCCCCCCAAAGCUUUUGCUUAGGUCUUUCUUCCCCUCCAGCGGCAGCAGCAGCAGCAGCAGCGGCUGCUGCUGCUGCUGAGGCGGCUGAGGCUGAGGCCGCUGCUGCUGCUGCUGCUGCUGUUGAAGAAUACAUGGAUGCUGACGGCGAGAGACACUCCAUCGCGAAGGUAUACAGACUGCUGCACGAAAUGGGCUUAGCGGCACAGCAGCAGGCUGCAGCAGCAGACACAACAGCAGCAACAGCAGCAGCAGCAGAGGCAGAGGCCGAAGCAGCAACGACAGCAGCAACUGCAGCAGAUUCGACCGGAGCGCUCAUUGAAGAAGGGGAAAAAAAGCAGAAACAGCGACAAGAGCAGCAACUGCAGCAGCAGCAGCAGCAGCAGCCGCAGCAGCAGGAACAGCAAAUGCAGCAGCAGCAUCUGCUGCUGCAGGUUGUCCCUCCAUUGCCACAGGCGAAUCAGGAGGCCCUUGCAGGCCCCUUCGAUCUGCCCCCCGGGACCCCAGCGAUAGCAGCAGCUGCAGCAGCUUCAAUGGUUGCUGCUGCUGCUGCUGCAACUGCUGCCCCCGAUACUCCUGUUGCUGCUGCUGCUGCUGCUGCUGAGUACCGCACAGCCAAACGGCAGCAAAGGCAGAGCAGAAGGCAACGGCAAAAGAGGCCUUCCACAGCAGGUGCAGCUGCUGCUGAGCUGCUGCUGAGCAGCCUCCGUAGAAGCCCCUUUGCAGCAGGUACAGUGGCAACUGCAACAGCCGCAGCAGCUGCAGCGGCAGAAGGCACACAGGAGGACGGCGCACUGCAGGAAGUGGGUGAUAGUGCUCCUGCUGCUGCUGCUGCUCCUGCUGGUGCUACUGCUGCUGAAUGUCCUACCUCAGUUGUGGAAGUGGUACAUGCAGAAAUAGCAUCAACCACAACAAUAACAACAUCAGCAACAGUAACAACAACAGCAGCAGCAGCGUCCCUUGGAGCUGCAGAAGAGACGCACCCAAUAGAUGCUCAUACACAGGCCGCAACAGCGCGACGAACGGCAUCAGCUGCGGCGGCAGCAGCAGAAACAAAGGCAGACGCAGCAGAAACAGCAGCAGCAGAAACAGCAUCAGCAGCAUCAGCAGCUCCUGGCUUCCCAACAGCUGUAGCAGCACGUCCCAUCGAAUGCAUGCCUUCGUCAAGUAGCAAAGAUAAACAGCAGCAACAACAGCAACAGCAGCAACAGCAGCAACACCAACAGGAGAGUAAACACAACCAGCAACAGGAGCAGCAACAGGAGAGCCAGCAACACACGCUGCAGCAACCUGAAAAUGCCAUUCCUGCUAUUGCUGCUACAGCUGAUACUGCAACAAAUGUCCCUAUUCAGCAGCAGGGAGACCCCCCUGAUUUCUGCCAUUGGGCCUCUCCUCCUUUACCGCACAGCAGCAACAGCAGCAAUAGUAGCAGCAGCAACAGCAGCAGCAGCAGCAGCGACAGCAACAGCGACAGCAGCAGCAAAUUGAAUAACAGAAGUAGCCUUGCUCUUUUUUUGCCGACAGUGUACACGUCCGAAGGCGUCCUGAGAAGCCUCACAGGACAGCAGCAGCAGCAGCAACAGCAGCAGCGAGGGGUGGACCAAGACGAGGAACUGUCGCUUUGGGACAGCUGCGAAAAUGACGCUUUUGAUUUAUCUGUCUCCUUUCCUUCUGUGCUGCACUUCGUUGGGGUGCACGUACACUCUAAGUCGCUGCUGCUGCUGCGCUCGCUGCUGCUAGCCCUCAAAGCAGCCGAAAAGGAAGAGGCCCAGGACCCUCUUUUGCUGCAGCAAUGCAGCAGCAGCAGCAGUAGCAGCAGCAGCAAAAGGACGUUUGCUGUUGUUGGCUGCAGCAAGGAGGAAGAAGUUGUCGUGAGAGAGGCCCCUGCUGCUGCCCUGCCUCCCUCAAGGGGCCCCUCAGUUUCGCUGCACCGCAGCAGCAUCAUCAGCAGUAAGGUUGCAGCAGGGGUCUUGGGGAGCCCUUACAGAAGCUCUUCAAGGCGUUCUCUUGGAGGCCAUUCCGGCGGCUCGAGGGGGACCCCAGGGGCACCCACGGCGGCCCAGGGGGGCCCCCUCGGGGCCCCCUGGGAACCACCCGGCAGCCUGGGUUUUCGGCUGCAGCGGGGGAGGGUUCGCGUGGCUCGGCUAGCUUACACUUCUGACCCGAAUUCCAUCAGCAACAAAUUUGUGCAUCUGACGGAUUGCCUUUCAGCAGCAAACUGGGAAACCCAGGAAUUUUCUGCUGCUCCUGCUGCUGGUGAUGCCGCCGCUAGUUGUUCCAGUGCAGCUGCAGCGGAAGCCGCACCAGCAGCAGUUGCUGCUGCUGGAGCUACUGCUGCUGCUGCAGCAGUGCCUGUGGUGAAAGCAUCAGGGCAGGCGUACUUAGACGGAACACUGCAGCAGCAGCAGAAGCAACAGCAAGAGUAUCAACAGCAACAGCAGCAGCAGCAGCAGCAAGGGUCCUCCCCUGACGUUGCUGCUGCUGCGAAUGAAGCACCAGUAGCAGCAGAAGAAGCAGCAGCAACAUAUUUGUCCUUCUCAGAACUGCGCGCUGCUCUAGCAGCAGAAAAGACAGGGGCCUCCCCGCAGUUAUUUGACCUUUUGUGGGCCAACAGCUGCGAUUCGAUUUUGAAGGUUCUCUUUUGCCUCCAGCAGCAGCAACAGCAGCGCCAGCAGCAGCAGCAGCAGGGGUUCCUGCUACUGCGCUUCUCGCUGCUUCCAGAUGCUAAAGGCAAAGUCUGGGUCACAAAAGUAGCCCCUGUCUCAAUAGGGGGAGGCCCCCUGGGGGGCCCCCUAGAGGGGCCCCUCUUGGGGGGACCCCCCACAGAAGCAGGAUUUAAGGGUUUAGUUCAAUUCGUAAGAGAUGUUGCUGGUUUAAUCAAUCCGCUUUAUUAUGACAGGAAGCAACUCAUCAAAGUGAGUGCAACAGCAGCAACCGCAACAGAAGCAACACCAGCACAAGCAGCAAAAGCAGCAGCAGCAGCAAAAGCAGCAGCAGCAGCAGCAGCAGCAGCAAAAGCAGCAGCACCAAGAGAGAGGGAGUUCGCCCUUUGCUGCUAUUCCAUUUCUUCUCUCCAGCGAAAUUCCCGCCAUAGCUGCUGCUCGCUGCUGCUGCUGCAGUCACAGCCGCUUGGUUUCCUCAUCUGGGCCCCGCAGCAGCAGCAACAACAACAACAACAAAAUCGGCGGCUGCCGCGGAACCAGCAGCAACUGCUGCCAGAAAAAUAG